UGCAACUUUGGAUCUUUAGCAUCAAACAAUAGCAGUCAUGAUGGAAGUUGAAAUAAUAUCCAGAGAAACCAUCAAACCAUCCACUCCAACCCUACCACAUCACGGAACAUACUACCUUUCUUUCCUUGAACAGAUAAAUCCUCGUACCUAUACACCAGUUGUUUACUUCUACCCCAAGGAAGAAUCUGAUUCUGAUCAUAAUCCUAAUUUUGGUGAUAAAUCCAAUCAGCUCAAUAAAUCUCUGUCAGAAACUCUAGCCAAAUACUACCUACUUUCCGGUAGGAUCAUAGAUAGAGUCUCCAUUGAUUGUAAUGAUGAAGGAGUCAUAUUUGUAGAAGCAAGAAUCAAAGUCAAGAUCUCUGACCUGUUAUUCACAGACAAUUUACAGUGGAACGAUGACUCCAAUUUAACUGUCAUCUUGGCUGUUCAAGUAAGCUUCUUCGACUGUGGUGGAAUGGCAAUUACUAUCUGUAUGUCACCUUCCACCAUGAACUUCAUCAACGACUGAGCAGCCAUAACCCGUGAUCACAAAGCUGAUCAAUAUGUGUCUCCUGAGUUUAUUGCAGCAACUGUAUUCCCCCAAGGUGAGAUUCCACUGCUACCGCAAUCUGUGAUUGAGAAGGGGGAUUACGUUUCCAAGAGAUUCGUGUUUGUUGCCCCAAAACUUGCUGCCCUCAAAGCCAUGGUGUGUGACAGAGUGCAAAAUCCCUCAAAAGUUGAAGUUGUGACUGCUUUUAUUCAUAGAUGUGCCAUAUCUGCAUUGAAAUCGAAUUCUGGGUCCUUGUUGAAUCCUAUGGUGUUGAUCCAGACGGUGGAUUUGCGUGGUAGAAUGGUUCCUCCAUUGCCGAAAAACUCAGUAGGUAGCAUGGUUUGGUUCUAUGCAAUGCCCACAGCGGAGGAUGAGAGUGUGAUAGAGUUGCAUGUCCUAGUGACUCAAAUAAAGGAGAAGAUGGCCCAUUUCUGUGUUACAUAUGCCGAUAAAUUUGGAAAAGAAUGGCCUUUCAUAUUUAUGGAGUGUAUGAAGGAUUCAAGGAAACUGUUUCAAAAACAAAACCUGGUUAUGUAUAGAUGUAGCAGUUGGUGCAGAUUCCCAGUGUAUGAGGCAGACUUUGGUUGGGGAAAGCCAGUUUGGGUCACUAUUGCUAGCUGCGUGCUGAAAAAUAGCAUCUUUCUGAUUGAUACUAGGAAUGGGGAAGGGAUUGAAGCAUAUCUGAAUUUUGAAAAGCAACACAUGGAUGUGUUUGAGCGUGAUGCAGAGCUUCUUGCAUUUGUUUCUCUGAAUCCCGGUGCUAAUAUAGACUACAAUAUGUGA